CGGUUUGUGAACGUUGUGCGCAUCUAAGAUGCGGACGCGGGAACUUUAGCGUAAUGGCGCGAAAAUAAUUGGCAGUGUUUUGCUUAUAAAAAGUUAUACAUAAUAUGAAUAAUACAUGUUUUGUGAGUGGCAAUAUCUGAAGUCAUUUAAACAAAAAUGAUUAAUUGGAAGUGGGCUAUGUGGCACUGGUGCUUCAUAUUACUAGUUACCCUGGACACAUCCCAUGGGGAGAAGUUCACACUCGGAUACCUAACAGGGUCACAAAGACGGCCUGGCGACCUGAAUUAUCAAAUGCCCGGCAGAGUUAUUUCAGGAGCAAUUUCCAUGGCAGUAGAUGAAGUGAACGAAAAACUUCUAGCUCCCAUGGGCCAUUCAUUAGACUUCGUCGUCGCUGAGACAUACGGUCAGGAAGAAGUUUCCAUACGACAGGUCGCAGCGUUGUGGGCUGCCAACGUGUCAGCGUUCAUUGGACCUCAAGAAACUUGCGUGCACGAGGGUCGUAUGGCCGCAGCCUUCAACCUUCCCAUGAUUAGUUACUACUGCAGGGACGUGGCCAAUUCCAACAAGCGUGUGUACUCAACGUUCGCCAGAACUCGUCCAUCCGACAUAGACAUAUCUCGGUCCGUGGUCGCCGUGCUAACGCAUUUCAAUUUCAUGCAUAUAGCCAUAGUGUACCUAAAGGCACAGAAUCACGAUUUCUCUCGUCUCGCGUACGCAAUAAUGACAGCAGCGAAUGAAAAGAAAAUAACCAUCCGUACGGUUCAAGUCUACCGCCAGCCGUAUUACUAUGACAAUAGGCCAGAUAAUUUCUCGAGGAAUCCAUUCUUAGACAUCGUGAGGGAGACGUAUAAGGAUACGAGGAUUUACGUUUCUAUCGGCUACUAUCACGACCACAUAGGUCUCAUGUUGGCUUUGGACGCAAUGAAACUACUUAAUUCUGGGGAGUAUGCCGCUAUUGGAGUGGAUGUGGACAGGUAUGACCCUAACGAGGCCAUCAGAUAUCUGUCUGGGCCGUUAAGGAAGGAGCCCGAGCCUCGUGUCAUGAGAGCGUUCCGUUCGUAUCUAGCCGUGGCGCCCUCCGCCGGACCCUCCUACUCCGCCUUCUCUAAGGAAGUCAACUCACGAUUGACAAUGCCUCCAUUUAAUUUUAACAAUCCACUGUUAGCUCUGGGCGGUGGAAAAGUUAUCCCAGUGGAGGCCGCGUGGCUUCAUGACGCGGUUUGGUUGUAUGCGCGUGCGCUGGCCGACUCGCUCCGGACAGGGGAGGCUCCGAGGGAUGGACGCGCUAUAGCCUCACGUAUGAGGAACACUACAUACCUUAGUGUGAUGGGUUAUUGGAUCCACAUGGAUGAAAACGGGGAUGCUGAAGGGAAUUACACCCUACUAUCCAUUGACCCGUCUCGCCCUCCCGGACUCUACCCUCUCGCAGUCCUUCAUAAAGUGGCCCCGGAGUUACGGCUCCUGAGAGAGAUGAAAUGGCCGGGCGGUAGAGUGCCGCUCUCGGAGCCCCCAUGCGGAUUCAGAGGAGAGAAGUGCGUCAAUCAUAUAGGAGCUUGGGCCCUUGGUGCGUCGGGAGGUACUCUCGCCCUAUUAGCGCUUGCAGCGCUUGCAUUAUACCGCGGCUGGCGGUACGAACAAGAGCUGGACUCGCUGCUGUGGAAGAUUGACUUCAGGGACCUUCAUUUACCCGAGGAUCAGCGCGGCAACAAACUGAGUAGCAGCGGAAUUAACAACACCAAUGGUAUGACAAACGAGAAGGGUUGUGCUGGCAGUACGGGGGUCUCAGGGGUGUCAAGAUCCAGUCAAGUGUCUCUAAGCUCCAACCCCGACCUGGACUUCAGAUACUCCGCUAUUUUCACGGAGGUAGCCUUCUAUAGAGGUCGUCUUCUCGCAGUGAAACGUGUCAGAAGAAGUCACAUUGAUAUCACAAGAGAAGUCAAGAAAGAACUUAAAAUUAUGCGUGAUUUACAACACGACAACGUGAACGGGUUCGUUGGAGCGUGUAUCGAGCCUCCCAAUGUGUGUGCACUAUCCGAGUACUGUACUAGGGGAAGUCUCAAGGACAUUAUAGAGAAUGAAGAUAUAAAACUCGAUAACAUGUUCACCGCGUCUCUAGUCGGUGACAUUAUAAGGGGUAUGAUCUUCAUUCAUGAAUCACCACUUCAAUAUCACGGCGCACUCCGUCCGUCAAAUUGUCUCGUUGACGCGAGGUGGGUCGUGAAACUCGCGGACUUCGGACUAAGGGAAUUCCGCAGAGGGGAAAUUACACCUUCAGAACCGAACGCACUGAGAUCUCAUAUUGAGAGUCUAGUGUACCAGUCACCAGAGCAGUUACGAGCGGGGGGUUGGGGUGGGGAGUGUUUUCCCUCAAACUGGUCCUUGGGGUCGCAGGCGUCGGACGUGUUUUCAUUUGCGCUGCUCCUGUACGAGCUGCACACCCGCCGUGGUCCAUACGGUCCAGACAUGUCCCCGCCGGCUGCCCUGCUGCGUCGCCUCGCUAGACCGCACCCAGCGCCCUACAGGCCCCCUCUAGAGGCGCUCUCUGGAGGGUUCGACUGUGUGCGUGAGUGUUGUACGGAGUGCUGGGCGGAGGAUCCCGCCCUUAGGCCAGACUUUAAGACGAUUCGUGCUAAACUGAGACCUUUAAGGAAGGGCAUGAAACCAAAUAUAUUUGAUAAUAUGAUAGCAAUGAUGGAGAAAUACGCGAACAACUUAGAAGCGUUGGUUGACGAGAGAACGGAUCAGUUGCAAGAAGAAAAGAAAAAGACAGAGGCGUUGUUGGAGGAGAUGCUGCCAGCUCCCGUCGCUGAACAGUUGAAGCGCGGCCGGCGCGUGUUGCCUGAGAGCUACGACUCCGUGACCAUAUACUUCAGCGACAUAGUCGGCUUCACGGCCAUGUCCGCAGAGAGCACUCCGCUACAGGUGGUCGACUUCCUCAACGACCUGUACACUUGCUUCGAUUCAAUUCUAGAAAAUUUUGAUGUUUAUAAAGUAGAAACAAUAGGAGACGCUUACAUGGUGGUGUCAGGGUUGCCAAUCCGUAACGGCAUCCGUCACGCGGGCGAGGUGGCGUCCAUGGCGCUGGCGCUACUCGCCGCCACGCGAUCCUUCCGUGUGAGACAUCGACCAGAACAGAGACUGCUGCUCCGUAUAGGAAUACAUUCCGGUCCUGUCUGCGCCGGAGUCGUCGGACUGAAGAUGCCCCGCUACUGCUUAUUCGGCGACACCGUCAACACAGCGAGUCGAUUCGAAUCUACUGGAGUUCCUUUAAAGAUCCACUGCAGCGGCGCGUGCAAGUCUCUGUUGGAUCAGCUGGGAGGGUAUAUCUUGGAGGAGCGCGGCGUGGUGUCAAUGAAAGGCAAGCGGGACCAGCUGACGUGGUGGGUUUGUGGCGAGGAACCUCAUGCCAGGAGACAGGCGCCACAUCAACACCAACGAAGCUCACUCAAGGCGCGCAACUGGAACAACCAGGGCAGCCUGCAUAGAUGUUGCAGUUUAGAAUCUCCAAAGAAACUUAGAUUUGCUUCGGGCAGUCAUUUAGAAUCGCACACGGACAGUGUCCUUCAUCAUAGGAGUGAUGAAUAUUUGAUGGAGGUGGUUGGCGAGGGUGGACGACCAGCUCUACUAGAGGCCCCUCUGCGGGAUCACGCGGCCAGCGUGUCGUGUCCCGUCAUCGAGGCGGCCGGGGACAUCCAGCUCGUGGUGCCUCCCCGCGACCCCGCCGCCGUCCCACUCCUCGCCGACGCCUAAACCUGGCUGUGUUCACCGCUCGGAACAUAACGCAGUCCGCUUCGCUCGCGCGUCGAUCCGAUCGGAACUCUAGUGUUGCAUUUUGUGAGGAGUGGCGAUCUUUAGCGUAAUGUGAUCUAUGUCAGUAUUAUUGAGAGACCUCGUUCGAUAGAAAUUAUUUAAUAACAUUAAACUCUUAUUUCACAAUUGA